AUGUCAGAAGGAAUUGGUUGUUUGUUGGGGGGAAAAGGAGAAGAUGAAAUUUUUGAGGAAGAUGAAGUCAUGUUGAUUGGUGAUGAUAAAAUGGGUGACAAUGAAGGUAAUAUGGUUGUGGAUUAUGUAGAGGGGAGUGGGGAAAGUGGAGGAUAUCGCACUCUAGAUGAGAAGGAGUGCAAGUCUAUGGUGAACAUGGACUGUGUUAGCGUGGACCCUCCUGAAGUGGGUAUGAUUUUUGAUACGUGGCAAGAAGCGGAUAUGUAUUACAAUGCGUAUGGCAAGCAGCAAGGGUUUGGGGUGGUGCUUGCUCAAAGUGCUUAUAAGGUUGUGGGAGGAGUUAAGGUUAAACGUGCUACAACAUGGAAAUGCGGCUGUUAUGGUAAACCAAAUACAAGGAAUAAAGUUGGUGGGAAAAGAGUGGCAAGGGAGUUAGAAGGGGAACCCGUAGCAAUGAAGAAGUCUAAAAAAUGUGGGUGUCUUGCAAAGGUAUAUGUUGGGUUGUUGGAUAAUGGGAAAUGGGAGUUGAAGAAGGUGGAGUUGAAGCAUAGGAACCAUAAUCCAACCCCUUCCAAAGCAUUGCUAGUUCUAAAGUAUAGGUUGGUAGAGUUAGAGAGGAUGCCCUAUGUUAGGAAAAAGUUUAAAUUUGCUAAUGAUGUUGGGAUCAGCACUUCAACUAUGCAUAACCUGAUAGCUAGAGAGAGGAAUGGCCUAGAGAAUAUGCGUUUCACUAAGAAGGACUUGCAUAACUUAAGGGCGAGGGAGAAGAAGCUGAAAUUCAAAGAUGGAGAUGCGAAUGCAAUGAUGAAUGAUUUUCAGAUGAUGCAGAAGAACAACAAGAAUUUCUAUCACAUGCAGCAGUUGGAUAAGAACGGUGUACUACAUGAUGUGUAG